GACGUGUGAAAACCAGGAUAUACGUACUGGUUUACUUUGGAGAUCGGAAAAUGGAGGGAGGGGGAGAGAGAGAUGAUCGAAAAGAGGAAAAGCAUUAAAGCAGACAGUGAACGCAAAGGAACCCUAAAAAUUUUCUGAAGAUAGUCAGAUAGACCGGAAUCAGAACCCUAGCUUGAUAGUUUUGCAUCACAAAUCAUCUUAUCUCUCUCUCCAAAUUCAUUUGAUUUGAGAAAAGGAAAAGCAAUUAGAUUCUUUCUUUCUGCAAGAGACUGAAAUUCUACCUUGAUGAAUUCACAGAGUGGUUUUCUUAAUGGAGAUUUGACCUUGAUUCGCCAUUUAUAACAUGUAAAGGUACGAUUCUUGCGAACUGGAACAGAAACCCUAAAAAUUUAGCUUUGAUCUUGUUCCCCCUGGACAUAUCCAGAGACAUCAAGAACGAAACACGCAUCGGACCGAGGUUAGAUUACUGUUGUCCUAAUUGCAAGAAAAAUCUAAAUGUUGAACCCUUUUGAAUUUAACGUUCUUUUGAGCUGGAAAAAUAAGAAUUUGGGGCUUAUAUGGCCUGUCUUAGGUUUGAUCUCUCAGCUGACUCGAGUUGACGGUUUGCAAGGUGAACGAUUAGAGGUUCUUUAAGCUGGAAAAUGUGAACUCUGUGCUAAGGUCUCAAAAAGAAAUAACUGUUCGUCAACUGUAUGACGGGUGAUGCAGUAACACAAAGAUUUAUGAGUUCUGUUGGAGGAUCAGGGUUGUGUUUUUUGAACUGUGAAUUGUGUCGACGUUUUUAAGCUGCUGAACUCGAGAGUGAGGUGUUUUCUUUGACUUGUUCUUCUACCUUGGACAAACUAGCAAAGCACUCUAGUUUAUUUGUUACAGACUUAUAGGCCGGGUUUUCCCCCAUAUCUAUAAACAUGCAUGCUAGGCGCAGGAGCCCCGCCACUGGGGGUAGGUCUAGUUCAAUGGGAAUGGGGCUGGCUGCAUCUCGAAUCUCGCCGGAAGGUUCAAUAAGAGGUCAUGGAAUGUACAGCUCAGAGUACAGGAGCUACAACCGUGGUUUUGGACGUGGCCCUCCUAAGUCUUACCCCCCACCACAACCACCUCGCCGAGGUGACAUUUUCAUGGAAGCUGGUAGGCUUGCAGUGGAAUAUUUAAUUUCUCAGGGCUUACUACCUCCUAAUGUACUUCCAGGAAAGUGGCAGAAUGGUAGUUUGAAGAACCAGGUAGGGGACUUUGCUGAGUUCAGGCAGCAGGAUAGAGAAAACAUGAACCUACCUCCUGAAGGCCGAAUGUCAGCACUUGCCCGCUUAGGGAAUGUUGUUCCUGACGGUGGUUCUAGCAGGAGGAGGUUUGCGGAUGACUUCCAUUCAACAGGAACGAGAAGCCAUUUGAGAGGAAGGAGGAGGGUGGGUUCUUUUAGGGGUUAUGGCUCUGAUUGGAGCAGAGAAAAUGGGAGGAAUGGUUCAUUUUUGGAGAGAGCUAAAUCCUUUUCUGAAAUGGAGGAGGGGGAGGAUGCUGGAUAUCAUGAAGAGAGGCGAGCUGGCACAGAUGUUGGUAGUGGGAUGUCAAAGGUCGCCUCCAAUGAGUUGCCAUUGAGAGGUGAUACUGGUGGUGAUUCAGAAUCUGAACUAGAAAGUUAUGAGUUUCCUGAUGACACGUGUUCCAGGCCAAAUUCUUCUAGCACUAGAAAAGAUCUACCUCCUGAGACAGAUGGUGAGAAUUCCAAGGGAUCUAAUGAUUCUAGAAUGUUGGGUCCUGAGAGUGAAGAGGUGAAGAAUGACACUGGUAAUGAUGAACAGGAGAAACAAGGUAGUGCAGAUGAAAACUCCAUGCAAGGUUGCUUAGUAGAAGGCGAUUCUGUGAACAAGAAUGGCAGUGAUUCAGUGAACAAGAAUGGUAAUGAUUUGCUAAAGCUAUGCAACUUUGCUAAAGUGCCCACCAAGACCCGCUCAUCCUUGGCAUGUAAGCCCUUGAAGGUGGAUCCAGUUCCCACAACUGAUGAGCAAGUGAUGUCUGAUAUUGCAACUUCAAAAAGUCCUCAAAUCCUCAUGGAUGAAGGCUCAGUUGAAGGCACAUUGAAUGAUGCAUUACCAAAUCAAAAUGAUAGUUCAGCUUCAGCAUGCCCUGAAUCUGAUAUUCCCAAGGCUACAUCUGUGCAAUCCAUGGAGGAUGCUCGAGACCGGAAUCCUGCAUUUGCUGUAGAUAGGAGUAAAUACACAAGGUCUCAAUCUUUCCCUGAGAGACCUUUUAUGUAUCAAGAAGAACAAAGCCAGGGCCCACCAGGGUUCGGAAGAUGCAGCUCUAUGGAUAAUGAGAGAGGUGAGAAAAGAACUAUACAACAUGAUGACCUUAAAGAAGGAGUUAAGAAACCUAGAGAAUGGCAUUCACCAAUUGUUAAACAAUUCAACGAGUACUUCCAUCAACAUAACCCUAGAACCCAGCAAUCAAGUACACCUGAUGAGGAUCUCUCAUCUGAUGAUGAUGUGGUAGAGGUAGUCAAUCAAGAGGGGUUGGUUAGUGCUGUACGGCAUGAAGAUAGGAAACCUAGAGAAUUGUCUGCUUCCAUUGUUACACAGGCCAAUGAGUACUACAAUCUUCAAAACUUAAGGGCAAAACAACCUAAUAUACUUGAAGAGAGUUCUUCAGUUGAUGAUGAUGUGGUAGAGGUGGUAAACCAACAGAGGUUUGUGAAUGCUCUGCCACAUGAGGACAUGAGGCAGGGAGCCAAAAAACCUGGAGAAUGGUCUCAAUCUUUUGUCACACAAGCCCAUCAGUACUUCCAUCUUCAUAACUUCAGAGCAAAGCAAUCAAGUACACCUGAGGAGAGGCCUUCACCUGAUGAUGAUGUGAUAGAAGUUGUCAGUCAAGAGAGGCUGGUUAGAACUGAUCUGUUGCCAAAAGGUGGAGCUGAAAAGGGCAUUGAAUUUAGAGAGGAGAAGCAGCUUUUUCCAAGUUCAUUUAAAAUUUGUGACCUUAACCUUAUGGAGACUUCUGAUAUGGCAGAGAAUCAUGACGAUGAUCCAGUUCUUAGUUUUCCCUCUACCUUGGAUGGCAAAAGGGAAGUAUCAGUGGAUAUCGAUUUGUCAAUAAGCAGUAACUGUAACCGACCUGAUGACUUUGACCGAUGUCUGGCUGAUGACAAAGAAGUUGUGAUAGAUGAUGCAGCAAAUGAAGUUGCAAAAGAAGACCAGACCUUUAACACUUCACAGAGAGAGGCUGCAACUGUAUAUCCCAGCCUGGAAAGAUUUCCAAACCACACAGAGAAUACUGGUGAUCUUCCUGAUGUACAGGAUGGUUAUGGUCUCAUGAUCUCUGAACUGCUAGGAAAUGAUAUGCCAAAUUGUUCGUCAGUACCAACAGAUAUUACCGCUCUGCAUACUGAAAUGGGUCUUCAUAAUGGAGAGGGGAUUCUUGGAGAAGAUGAUCAAAUAUAUCUAUCUCUUGGAGAAAUACCAAUAAGUAUGCCAGAUAUUUAGUUGAAUGGUUUUAUAGGGGUCUGGGAACAGCCUACACAGGAUUAUGGGAAGCCCUUUUGAACUACUGUUGAUCAAGCUCGUUAACAUCCUUCUUGUGUCCUGUGGUUAUUCACCGAUCUAUUGCUUAAUUCUAGAACAAGAAAACCUUAAAUGCUGUAGUAUCUUUGAUUGUAGUCAUAGAGGUCAGUGUUGUUGCAGUAUUAUCUACUGGCAUUGUUUCAGCUUCAUGUUUGAGUAUUUGAUUUUCUUUCUGAUGGAUAGAAAUUGAUAUUGUUUAAACUUGACCCCUCACAUAGAGUAUUUCUAAAAGCAUAAUCCAUGUCUAUUUAGAUUGUCA